CAGUGUGGUCACGUAAGCCCACCAUACCGCAUGGUGGAUACAUGUUUCCUUUAACUCGACGUUGUAUAAAAUGCUAUAAUUGUGUAUUGUUGUUAUUUUGCAAGGGACACAACGAUCUUGUGGAGCAGCCAUCUCCAGCCUUGCAUACGACUGCUGGCAUAUCCCUAAUUUUACUUGAAUAUUGUUGGAAUAUAAUUAAAUCAUAAUCUAUAUAAUUAAAAAGAAAUUGGAGCUUCUAUUAUCUGCUCCUUAAUAUUAAAGCACUAUUAAAAAUGAAGUGGUCACCUGGUGCUUUAUUCUGCGAACAAGUUGGUGAACUCACUCGAGUUUUCUCACAAUGGAAUGAAUGUGAACAAACUGUGGUUUUAUAUGCACUACUUCGUCGCAUUCCUGCAGUUCAAGCAAGGUUUCUUGCACAAGCUGUGCAGCAUUCCUUGCACUCUGUUUCUGAAUUGGAUACACAGGAAUUAAAUGCCAAUAAUCCAGGAUUUAUUAAUUCAUUACUCUCAGAAUCAACUGAAGUUGCUAUAAAUCAACUUCUAACACAUUUGCCAUUAUUAAGGCCUGGGAAUAUAGAGUGCAAACAAUGCUACUUGGUAGCAAUACCAGAAUUAGUAAGCCACUGUGUAACUACAGGACAAUAUACUGAACAAACUCAACAACUUUUAAGUUAUUGUUUGAUUCAUCCAGCUAUAACUAGUCAAGAUAGACGUUCUUUAACACAGUGGCUUCGGCAUCUUGAAGAACGUAUUAGUGGUACACCACCAAUACAUGGUCUUGAAGAAUAUACUAAUACUACUAUUAGAUGGGAUAAUGCUUGGCAGCGAAAUUCUAAACAGCAAAAUGAACAAACAAAUUUGUUUGGCACACAACCCGGUACUGCCUUCAAUUUACAAUUUCCGCCACCUGUAACUCGUCAGCGCCGAUCGAACAGUUUAACACCACCCGUCGCUCCUCCUCAUCAUUUAGAAGUUGUUGAUCGCACGAACAAUGUAAAUUGCACAACUAAACACAAGCCACGUAGUUUUAGCGUAUCUGGAGAUCAUGCAAGCAAUCUUAUUGGAUUAGGCCCAUUGAGUCCUCAAAGUUCUUGCGCAAGUAGCGGUAGCGAAGGACGUUUAGAUGAAACAUCUAAUCGAUCGCUAGCUAGUGGUAUGAGAGAUGUUCCAUCGUGGCUUAAAACUUUGCGUCUUCAUAAAUAUAGUUAUUUAUUUGUCACUCUUAGUUAUGAAGAAAUGCUGCAAUUAACUGAAGAACAAUUAGCAGAACAGGGUGUGACAAAAGGGGCCAGACAUAAAUUAGCCCUUUCUAUUGCAAAAUUACAGCAGCGAUAUACAACACUUUUAAAUUUAGAAAAAGACUUAUUACAACCAACGCGUGAUAAUACACAAUCGGCUUCGUUUUUACAAGGACCAACAGUUUUGGUCAAUACAAUUGAUGAAUUAAAAACCAUUUUAGCUACACCUAUGAAACCAAGUCAGGAAAAUGAUCCUCAAGAUAUACCUGGUCAAUUUACCAAAGUUCUUGGUAAACUGUGUAGUCGAUUGGCACUGGAUAGCGUAGAUGACGGUAUUUUAUGCGCUUGUAUUAACAUAUUAGAAAAAGUAUUGCAACAUGAUUGUUUUACUCCAAAUCAAAAGGAAAAGAUACAACAGUGGCGCAGUAGACUUGGAAAUCCACGACCAACUCCAAAAUGGCAACAUAAUUACGGAUAUAAUAAUAGAAGGUAUUGUAACCCUCAGCAACACAAUAGAAAACCAAGUUUAAACUUAGGACACAUUCAUAAUACACACCCGCAAAACAAUUCUUUUGUGGUUAGCACUCACAGAAAUAGUAUAUCUACCCCAUAUUUACAAAAUAAUCAGAACCAAAGUGUAAAUCAGAAUACUUUACGUCCAGUUCAUGCGACCAAAAAACGACCUAGUUUACAAGAAUCUAGUUUACAGCAAUUACAAAGAACGUUACAGCGCACAUAUAGUGCACCGAGGGAUCAUUUUCUUAGUCCAAGUAGCAACAAUGCGUCUGAAACAACGGAACCAGAAAUUAACUCUCGUCUUGAAUCUCUUUGUUUAAGAAUGACAGAACAAGCCAUCGGUGGUUUCGGCGAGGCCUAAUAAUUUCUUCGUUUUUUUCGUUGACUGGAUCUACACAGUAAGUCCUGUUAAAAAAAAUUAUAUACAUGUCCGAGCUCCGUUCUUUCAAAGCCGAAGGCUAGACUGACUUCCGUACAUGUUGCGAAGAGACUCCACCAGCAGUGAUAAUGCUGACAAGUUGCACGUACAAACGUGCACACAUUUUCACGCUUUAAUAGCCCUACCAAAUGAAAUGUCUAAUAUUUGAGACAUUACACCAAGAACUCAGUUUUGUGACGUCAGAAUGACGCAUGAAGAAAAAAUAAAAAAAAAAAAAAAAAAAAAAAAAAAAACUAAAAAAAAAACUAAAAACUAAAAAAAAAUAUUUUUUAUUAUAUCCGAUGCAAUUAUUAUACUAUUUAAUUGAAACUGACAGAAUUUGGCAAGCCAAAUGCUAUUAGGAAGAUAGAUUCUUUCCUUGACUAAUUGCUGCAUCUAUAUAAAUGUAUUAUAUAAAAAAAUAUAUAUAUGUAUACACAUAUGAUAGAAUUUUACGGGAAACGGAUAAAAAAAAAAAAAAAAAAUGUAUAACAUAUAUUAAAAAGAAAAAAAAGGGGACGAAAAAGGUACACCACAUUAAUUGUGCGAUGUUUGCAAUAUUAUUAUUUUCGUGUGUUAUCCAUUUCCGGAAAUGGAAUUUCUCUGAUUUUAAGCGCCAGGACACAUUAUGUACUAAUGUAAUGUUAUUCAUUUUAACGAACUGACUGAUUUUACUUCUUUUUAACAUUACCAUGAUAAUUAUCUCUCCAUUCUAUCUCUUAUCACCACCGCCGCUAUUGCUAUCAUUCAAAACUUUAUUCCUUAUUGCUAUCGUUAAUUAUUAUUCUGGCCGAUAGCUAUUCACCAUAUUAUUAUUAUUAUUAUGAUGUUCAUCAUUGUCUUUACUAUUUGUCAUAUUAUUAUUAUUAUUAACAUCAUUAUUAUAGUUAUUACUAUAAUUAUUACUAUGUAAACUCUUAUUAUCGCUUCUGUUACCACUAUUUCUCUGGGUGACCACUAACAUCAUUAUCAAUAUGCUUUCAUGCUGUUGCUAUUUUUACUCUCUUACUGUUACGGCUGUCUCUAUUAUUAUCAUCUAUCAGCUAUUACUAUUACAACUAUUCUAUUACAAGUAGCCCUCACCAACUACUCUUACUAUUAUGAGUAUUGCUAAUAAUACUAUUAUACUCUCUUUACUAUUGCUGUAUUAUUACUGUAUAAUUCUCCUUAGAGAAAAGAAAAAUCCAUAUUUAAAAAUGAGAAGAUUUUACACAUAAUAUUACUUCGUUACAUAUAUUGAGAACAAAAGAAAGGAAAAGACGAAGCAUUAUCACUAUACACAUUUUAAAUUCGCCUUCGCCAUGCUGGAAAAUGGAACAAAAGAACAAAAAAAUGACAUAGCGGUGUGUAUGCUUUGUAGUUUGCGCACAGAUCUCGUGAGUCUUUACACUCAUAUACGAGGGAGAGAACCAGAGAGAGAGAGAGAGAGAGAGAGAAAGAAAGAGUUACCAUGUAUUAUUCCUUCUUUUAAAGUUGCUGUUAAGACUUAAAAGCAGAAAGAAAUGAUAAUGAUAAAAACCUUAAAAGGAAAGAAAAAAGAAGAAUGGAAGAAGGAUAUAAAAGUUGGCAAAAAGAUUAUUAAUAAUAAAUGGAGUUUUAAAGGCCUUAAAAAAAGGAUAUGCGUCCCUUGUUAACGAAUGCUAAAAAAAAGGGUAUAAGACUAAAUAAUUAAAUAUACACAUAUAGCAAAAUGCGUCGAGAAAUGAGAGAACUGAAGAAAUGAAUUUGCAUCAUACUUUUAUGAUGUGACAUCGAAAUCUGUGGCUUUAAAUUAUAAGCAUACAUCAUACUAUUCUAUAAAUAUGCACUUAUUAGCACUUUAAACGUCGCGGAUAAAACGUAGCAUAAUAUUUUUCGUGCAAGGAAGAGAAGAAGAAAGAGAGAGAAAGAAAAAAAAAAGAUGAGAGAGAAAGUUGAUUGGGAAAAAGAUGAAAUCGAAGGUCAUGAAAAAUAUGAAGAAGAUUAAAUUUAAUAACUAAAUAUAAUAGUAUUAGCGAUAAACUGAUAUAAUGUAUCGAUAAACAAUACGCGAAACAAGCAAACAAACAAGCAAAAAAAAAAAAAAAAAAAAAAAAUAUAUAAACGAAAGACUGAACAAUUCACGCGCCGUGAGCCGUGUGGUGAAUUUCGGACGUUUUUGCAUUCGUUUAAUUCUCGAAUGACAGCUACACGGCCGCGUGAAUAAAAACAAUUGGAAGACUGCGGAAGGAAAAACCUGUCAAAAUAUUAAGAAUUAGAGAACGAAGCGCGAGAGAAAAAAAAAGAGAGAAUGAAGAAAAAAGAUCGAGUGAAAGAAAAUUGGAUGAAAGAGUGGGAGAAUAAGAAACGCUUGCAUGUGCGUGCGUGUGAGAGUAUAUAUCAUGUUAACGAAAGAGUAAUUUGCUAGCUGUAUAUCUAGGUUGUAACAAUUUAUUCUAACGAUUAUACUCUUAUUAGGAUCAUGAAUCUACGUAAUGGCGCGCGGUGAUUUCUCAAUUAAUUAGUCUAAACGAAAAGAAUCGUCUACAUGGAAAAGAUUAAAGAAACGAUCAAUAAUCGAUAUGAUAUUUUGCAGUGAUCAUUUGUUCCCCGAAUUCUUUUCCCCUUUCUAUAAUUACGAAAAAAAGAAAAAAAAAAAGAACAGAUUUUCAUAGACAAUUUGACAUACACGCUCAUCGUAUUCAUAAAUAUACAUAUACACACGUACACGCGCGCGCACACAUAUACUAUCAUACAUAUAUGCAUACAUAAAUACGCAUUACGUAUGCAAUUAGAAUCCCAGAAAUGUUUCGUACAUACGUACAGAGAAAACAGAACAUGUUUCAUAAUUUUUCAGGAGAGACGGUCAAAAGCUAGUCAAAUGAAAAUACACUUUCUAAUUUCUACCAGUUUUAAAUGUGUAUAGAUAUUAUUUGUACAUUUAAUUGCGUAAAACGAAGAAAUGAAGAAAAAUAGAAAGAAAGAGAGAGAGAUAGAGAGAAAGAGAGAAAGCGAGAGAGAGCGAGAGAGAGAGAGAGAGAAAAAGAAAAGAUGAAAGCGAAGAUGUAUUAAACGCGCGAUUUAGAAAACGAAAAAUAAAAAAAAAUGGUAAAAAAAAGUAACGAAAUAAAAAUGAAAAUGGUUGGAAAGAUCGAAAGAAAAAGAAUAAAAUGAAUAAAGAAAAAAAAAAGAAAUAUGUACGACGACUUUUGCGUCAAUGCAUACAAAAAAAAAAAAAAAAGCUGAAAGACUGCUUCCAAACGACUUCAGGAAACUCGUUCAACGUAGGAUUUAUUAUUUCGUACUGAAACGCAGUAUCUUAAUAAACGCGAUCGAUUUUAAAAAGGGCAGGACCUGAACUAGGUAAGAAACGCAAAGAGAUAUUAUCCACAUCGAGUGAUCGUAUAUAUACAUGAUGUAUUAAAAGAAAAAAAAAAAAUGAAAAGUAAGAAAAGAUAUGAAAGUGUAACUAAAGCGUGAUUCUGCCAAAGAUCGACGGCCGCUAAAACGAUCACGAAAUAAAUGAAAAACGAAGAAAAAAGGAAAUAAAAUAUAAUACGUCUGUCGAUAUCUGUCUCUGUUUUAGAGAAAAAUAUUUAUCAAGAUUAUAAUGCAAAUGAGUGAAGUGAUAUGAUCGUUGCAGUUUUGCACAGAUGACACGAUUCGAAGUUUGAUGUGAAUUUUUAAUAAUGAGAUCCGUGUGCAUUGCAUCGUUAGAAGUAUAAAUCGAAAGGCAUUAGCUGUAAACGAAAUCACGUCCCUCAUCUGCAUUGAAUCUAAUAAUAAUAACACGAAACAAGGCAGAUUAUUAUACAUCACGCGUAGACGAGACACGAAGAAAAUGUUGCGCUUAUAGUACUUAUGCUGUCGUUAUAUAUCGAGCCUACUGUUUCGUCGUAGACGAAUUUCCACGAAUUUCCUCAUAAUAUAAUGUGGAAUGAACUGGUACGGUGGAAUCGAUGGCUUUCGGCAGAAACACAGCUUAUUGCGAUUCGAUAGCAUCGAAUGGAUAAGACGAUGUUAGAAUUAUAUUCUUAUUGUCGAAAUUCGGAGGCUUUCGGGUGUAACCUUUUUGAAAGAACGAUUUGUUAGCGUUACAAAAUAUUGUUAGUGCGUAUAACGUACAUUGAUAUACUUAAUGAAAAAAAUUUUGUGUAAGUACUUUAACCUUUUAUGCUGCACAAAUGAUUUCUCUUAAAAAAUAUAUUUUUUAAGAGAAAAAAAAAUUCUAUAAUCUUCCAUUUUUGUCUCUAUAUUUUUCACAUUAUUAAUAUAUAUAUAUAUAUACAUGUAUUAUUGUUGAUCUUAAUUUUAAUGCGUACUAUUAUAAUAAUAAAGAAGUAUAUAGAAUGCAUUUGCGACUGUAGUCAAAUAUUGCAGCAUAAAGGUUGAUAUUCCAAUAAAAUUGGAAUAUUAAAAAAAUAAUAAAUAAAUAAAAAAUAAAAUAAAAAAAAUUAGAAACUAAAAUUUUUGAAUCACCAAACAACAUGAUUCAUGAAAACAUGUAAAAUGACAUAUGAGAGGUGACUUGAGGGGUUUUUGAUACAUUGAUUAAUUUCAAUACUUAAACAUUUAAUUCAAAAUUACACAUUUCUUUCAUUUAAGAUAUUCAUAACUUUUAGAUUUCUAGCUACAUAACUUGAUCAGUCAUGAAACUUCUGACAAAGUUAGUUGUGGCGUUAAAAAAAAUUGUUCUUCCAAAAGUAUUUUUUUUUAAUCCGCGCAAAGUACUUCGAUAAUUUCGAUUGGUAAGAAUUCAGUUCGUAAAAUUCCUGCGGAAUUUUCUGUUUCAAUCGAAGCUGUGGCAAAUAAUAGCUCGUCACGUGAUGCUUUUCGUUGCACGACUUAAUCAUUCAAGCUAUACUUAUCCAUUCGUUGCGUUUGCUUUUAAUCCGCUUCAGAGAGGAGAACUCUCGUAUCGCGCGGGGAUAAGCGAGUUAUUAGAACGCUAUGUAGCACAGGAUAUUCUCUUUGGCCGGAUGCUUGCGUUUCAGGUGAUCGACUACUUAGAACAUAUAGUAGUAUAUCAAGAAGCGCGAGAAAAAAUGAGAGAUAGAACGCGUAGCGAAGAAUUCGAAAAAACGAACAUAACGGGAGGAAAAUUUUCAUUAACGUAUAUAUUAAAAAAAAAAAGGAAAAAAAGAAAAAAAAAGAAAAAAAAAGAAAAAAGAACAAAAGCAAGUUUCCGGCCGAAAUAAGUAUCGUUGAUGAUAACCCAGAUAGCAAAAAAGUGACCAUCGACUGAGAUUUACUUCGAUGAGAGAAGAGCUAAACAAAUGGAAGAAAAAAAAAAAUGCGUUUUAGAAUGUGUUUGUGAGGAACAGAAGUAGUUAGAAAAAUAGAAAAAUGAUCUGUGUGUAAUUAUGGAAUAUAACGCCUCCUCGUCUCAGAGGGCUUUUGCUCUGUUUUAGGUGUGCUUUGGCCGGCAAAUGUGAUUUUUGACAUCAUUAUUUAACAAAUCCAUGUUUCGAAUAUUUCGAUAUUUCACCUCAUAAUGGGUUUAUCUUUAUCUAAUAUUUAGCUAUAUAUAGCUAUGUAAUCUUAUCGAUUUCAUUCGAUUCGGUCGUUUAUGCAUUACAGUUGGAAUUGCGGAAUAUUUUUCUGAUUUUGUUCUCUUUUUUUCUUUUGAAUUUUUUUUUUUUAACUCUGUCGCAAAAAUAGAAAUAAUUAUGCGUAACAAGUCGAAUGAGAUCGAUCGGUCAAAUAGGAACGAAAUUUUAGACGAGUUUAGCGAAUUAUAAAAUCAUAAAAUAUCUACAUUAUUGGGAUAUUAAAGUGAAAAUAAGAGUUCGUAAAUGUUUAACGAUAGAUGCAUCAAAGAUGAAUUUUUUAAUCCACCUAUUUAUUAAAGGAGGAUUCCAUUUGAGACUGGUAUAUUAUGUUUUGGCCAAAGAAUACCUUUGCUAUAUACGGCGCCUUCUGUUAAUUAUUAAGAGACGUAGCUUUUGAAUUGUCAGAUUGCUAACUGGGAUAUUUUAGUCACGUAAGCUGGAUAACUUGUAAAAAUGCAAUUUUUGUACUGUUAUAACGUUAAAUAGACGAAGGUAUACUGACGUUGUAGCGUGAAAGAACAUUUUUCAAUAAAAAAUUUUUCAUACGCAAA